AUGCCUGUACCAAGCACAUCACUUCCUGAGUGUGCACGCUAUAUCCCUCCACCUACCACUCAAGAGAAUUUGGACUUUGCGGAUCUUGCUAUCAUUGAUUUAGCCAAGGCUCAGACUCCAGAAGGUCGUGCAGAGCUUUAUCCUGAAGUGCGCGAUGCCUUACGCUCGAAUGGAUUCGUGUACGCUAUCAACCACGGAUACACGCAAGCUCAGCGUGACCGAAUCUUCGAUAUAGCCGAUGUGCCUUUCACAGUUGUGCCCCCAGAUGAGAUGAAGACGUACACGGCGAAUAUCGCAAAGGUGGGAUACUAUCAAGGUUACAAGGCUCGCUCGGUAAGCGUUAACAUGGUGCAUUUUGUAGUCAAUAGAAACGUGUACAAGCGUCCUCAUCCACAAGCUUUACGCCCCUUGAUGCCUGAAAUCGAUGCCUUUGCUAGACACAACCAUACCAAUGUUCUUCAACCAAUCCUAAAGCUGCUGGCGCUCAGCCUUGAGCUCCCAGAAGAUACUCUGGUGGAGAAACACAAGUUUGAUGUAGCUGGGGAGACAGCAGGUCACUACAAACGGUCUGAGGAAGAAGAGAAGCUGUCGAAGAAUGUGUGGUUGAAGGGACACACCGACGUCGGUAGCGUCACCAUCUUGUGGAGUCAGCCUGUGGGUGGUCUACAGAUCCUGUCAAAGGAUGGAAAGUGGAAGUGGGUAAGGCACAUAGACAACGCACUGGUGAUCAAUACUGGCGACGCUAUGGAGUUUUUUUCCGGUGGAUAUUACAAACCUACCAUCCAUCGUGUGGUACGACCUCCUGGAGAUCAGCUCGCUUACGAUCGUCUUGGAGUAUUCUACUUUUCGAUGCCCGAUGAUGAUGUUAGGCUCAUUCCUCUCGUUGAGAGCCCUGUAUUACAGCGUGUAGGUGUGGAGCGUCGAUGUGCAGACGAAGAUGCGCCUUUGUACGAGCAAUGGAGGAAGGAUAGAACUACUUCCUAUGGACGUACAGAAUUGAAGAAAGGCACAGAGAAAGGUGUGGAAGAGCAGAUUGUUCGUGGUAUCGUCGUCAAGCAUUAUAACUAG